GCGCAUUCUCUUUCAGAGCGACUAUCCCAAUACACUCAGUACCUUUGCCGCUUGUCAACAAGUCUAUCAAAAUGGCCCCCAAGAAGGACGAGAAGCCCGCGACCGCCGAGGCCGGCGCCGAGGCCCCUGCCAAGGCUGAGGCCAAGCCCAAGGCCGAGAAGGCCGCCAAGAAGGCCAAGAAGGAGCCCUCCAAGAAGGCCGCCAAGGAGCCCAAGGGCGACGGCGAGAAGAAGGACAAGAAGAAGAAGAAGAGCGCCGUGGAGACCUACAAGCUGUACAUCUACAAGGUGCUCAAGCAGGUGCACCCCGACACCGGCAUCAGCAGCAAGGCCAUGUCCAUCAUGAACAGCUUCAUCAACGACAUCUUUGAGAAGGUGGCCACCGAGGCCUCCAAGCUGAGCCGCUACAACAAGAAGCCCACCGUGACCUCCCGCGAGAUCCAGACCGCCGUACGCCUGGUGCUGCCCGGCGAGCUGGCCAAGCACGCGGUGUCGGAGGGCACCAAGGCCGUGACCAAGUUCACCUCGGGCUAAAUGCGCUCAGAGGCUGGACCGUGUCUUCUACCGUCCUUACAACAUACUCGGUGUUUUUCAACACCACCUUGACGUGGGACUGGGGCUUGGGGAUGGGGCGGGGAACCCUAACUGGCAAGAGUGCGGUGGGCGAGGAACCAGUGUAGAUUACGCUACCGAUUUCAAUGCGAGUCCAGGGGGCGUUUGGUAACCGCCAUACCCCCAGCUAGCACCAGGCCCCCACCUGCCCCAGGUGCCCUUCCAGCCCAUACGCCAAACACACAAGGCCAAACGGCACAGGGACCUCUGUCCUCAGCUAGACGCCCCUGACUCGCUAAGCUGGCCACCACACCAGCUGUCUUCGUACUCUUCAGCAAUUGCUGAGUUUUGCGUGCCAUGGAUGCCGUGGGCGAGAACACGGUUUGUUCCCAUCUCGCCAACGGCGGCGGCCCACCCACGGAAGUUGCAAGCCCUGCUCAGCAGGUGCCGUCAAGGGUGCCGUGAGUUUGGGCAAACAAAGGUAGGAAAGGUAGGACUGGAACAACACCGAACCAGCGGUUGGUUACGCCGGCUAGGGACAUUGUGCACCGGUACACGAGAAUGGGCGAACAGCAUAAAUGACGAGGGAAGUUGCUUGGCUGUCGGAGACAGGUGUGCAGCCACUGCGUGCACCCGCCUCUUAAGUAUCCCGGUAAUCGCAGUCCACGUCACGGGCUUGUGAACGGCGUCAGAGCAUGGUGCGUGUGCAUGGUCCUAUUUGCAGAUUGUUA